CGCGUCGCUCGUAUCGCGCGAAAUGCUCAACGGUGAUAAUUAAAUCGUUCCACUUCCAUUGCUAAGCAGCAAUCUUUCAAUACAAAUCGAUUCGGCCCCCAACGAUACCCGAUAAAGCUCCGUGUUACCUUACGAAAAUUAUCAAGACGCGUAUGGUGGGGCGUCUCGUUAGUCCAACGCUCGGUUUAUGUGAUUUUAAAUAAACUACGAAAGGCGCGAUGUGGAUUUUUAAAACUUACACGGCCUUUGUCAAACAAUGACCACUACCGACAAAUUCCAUUAACACGCAAAGCGAUUGCUGAACUAUAAUACAGUUGUGACCAGUGUGUGGAGUGUUUUGUUUUGGAUAAAUUGCCUCACAAUUAGUACAAAAUGGCGCGACCUGACAACGUUCUCAGAGCUUGCGCGAUAUUGACCAUCGCUGUGAGAGCAACGCAACCGCAAUCCAUCAUAGACGGUCUCAUCAGCGUCAUCCAGGAAGGGGAGCAACAAAUCAACCUUGAACCCCCCGACAUGCCACCCGAAAAAUUACUGCCCCAAUACGACUUUAUCGUCGUAGGGGCGGGAACCGCGGGAUGCGUAAUCGCAAAUAGGCUGUCAGAAAAUCCAAAUUGGAACGUUCUACUAAUAGAAGCAGGAAGACCAGAGAACUUCUUGAUGGACUUUCCGAUCUUGGCCAACUAUCUUCAGUUUACCGAAAGCAACUGGAGAUACAAAACCCAACCGAGCGGAAAAUCCUGCCUUGGUUUGGACGGUGGCCAAUGUAACUGGCCCAGAGGGAAAGUAGUCGGAGGUUCGAGUGUAUUAAACUACAUGAUCUAUACGAGAGGUAACCGCAGAGAUUAUGACCACUGGGCCGCUCUGGGCAAUCGCGGAUGGUCGUUUGACGAGGUUCUUCCGUACUUCAUAAAAGUCGAGAACUUCUCAGUGCCUGUUCCGCACGAUCAAGAAUACCACGGCUACGAGGGCUAUUUGGACAUCAGUUACUCCCCUUACAGGACUAAAAUCGCAGAUGCCAUCGUCAACUCUAGUCUCCUCUACGGCUUCCCGUACGUAGACUACAACGGACCCACGCAGGUGGGCGUCUCCUACUUGCAGCUCAGUCAAAGAAACGGGAUCAGGGAAAGUUCCAGCAGGGCGUAUUUGCAUCCCAUAAGUACCAGAAAAAAUCUCCACUUAACCAAAUACACCAUGGUGAAAAAAAUUGUAAUCGAUCCUAUAUCGAAGCAAGUCCAAGGGGUUGAGAUGGUCAAAGGGGGAAGAACUUAUUUUGUUAGAGCGAACAAGGAAGUCAUUUCGAGCGCUGGUGCGAUAAACUCGCCCCAAUUGCUCAUGUUAUCGGGUAUAGGGCCUAGAAAACAUCUCAAGCAAGUAGGUAUACCGGUGCUGAGUAAUCUAAAAGUCGGCCAUAAUCUAAUGGAUCACAUCACGAUGGGGGGGUUUACUUUCAUAAUUGACGAACCUUUGUCUCUACGCACGGAAAGGCUCCUCAGUACAGAUAACUUGAAGGAAUACUUCAACAACCACAAAGGACCUUUAAGCGUUCCUGGAGGAUGCGAGGCGCUGGUUUUCACCGAUUUCGACAAUCCAAACGACCCGGACGGAUACCCUGACAUGGAGUUGCUGUUCCAAGGAGGAUCGAUAGUUUCGGAUACGGUUUUAAGGAAGGAUUUCGGCAUCACCGACGAAAUUUACGACGCCGUAUUUAAACCGAUCGAGCAGAAAGACUCCUUUAUGGUGUUUCCCAUGUUGUUAAGGCCCAAAAGCAAAGGCCGGAUCAUGCUCAAGGACGCCAACUACAAAAACAAACCGUUCAUAUUCCCCAAUUAUUUCGCUGAUCCUAAAGAUAUGGAGACCAUUCUCAAGGGAGUUAGGCUGGUUUUGGAUUUGGUCAAGCAACCGCCACUACAAGCGCUAGGCAGUAGGUUGCACGACAUUCCCAUACCUCAAUGCUCAAACAUACCAUUCGGAAGCGACGCCUAUUUUGAGUGCAUGACGAGACAUUUUACCUUCACCAUUUACCACCAAAGCGGAACUUGUAAAAUGGGACCGCCGUCGGAUAAAAGGGCGGUCGUUGAUGACCGACUGAGGGUAUACGGAGUGAAAGGUUUAAGGGUUAUCGACGCUUCCAUAAUGCCCGAAAUACCAGCAGCCCACACGAAUUCGCCGACAUUUAUGAUAGCAGAGAAGGGGUCGGAUAUGAUCAAACAAGACUGGGGUUAUUCGAUUUAACCUGUGGUGCCAAAAUCUGUGAUAUCGGUUGGGGAGUGAUAAGAGAUUGAUGUUUGUGUAUAUUUCUGAUUAAAUUAAAUUAAGUUGUAUAUAAGAGAAUAAAUAUAUUUCU